AUGGCGCUAGCCGCGGCGACAUCUUCAUCGCCUACAGAGAACAGGGACGAACGAGAGGUCGCAGCCAAGGCGCCCCUUACGGGGGACUCAGCGCCAGCCGAGGGGCCCCGCGGUAGAGGAAAUUGGGGGGGGGAGAGUCCGUUCACAUUUGGAUCCCCCACGAGGCGUUUCACGUUCUCCUCGCCGACGCGAUCUGGGGCGCCCGUCUCAGGCGGAGCGGCGGCGGCGGCGGCGGCGGCGGCGGCGGCGGCGACCCCAGGUUUGACUAGCAAGGGAGCAGACCCUCCCGCGGGUGAGGGAGGUGUUGCCGGGGGCUUCAUGUCCCCGACGCCGCGGGUUGUCGCGACGGCGCCAAGCCGAGACGGUGGCGGCGUUGGCGGCGGCGGUGGCGGUGGAGGCCACUUCUUCGGCCCGGGCAGCAGGGGCGAGGUGGAUGCGCAGGGUGAGGGUGUUGCGGACGCGGGAAGCAGCCCCCGGGCGGGAGGAAUACUUUCGCCUAGGGCGUUGGAAAACCUCACGCCUAGGUGUCGAGCCCGCAGGCGGGCGAGCGCAUCGGUGAAACUCCGGAGGGGAUCAGUCGGGCCGGCGGCUGGGCAGCAAAAGACGGCGUCAAUCGGAGGGCUGGGCGGCGGUAACGCGGCGAUUGGUUCUCUCGGCGCCGGCGCAGGCGCAGGCGCAGGCGCAGGCGCAGGCGCAGGCGCAGGCGCAGGCGCAGGCGCAGGCGCAGGCGCAGGCGCAGGCGCAGGCGCAGGCGCAGGCGCAGGCGCCGACCACGAGGAGACUGGGACAAAACAGAAGGAGGAGGAGGACGGGGCAUUCCUGUUCGGUGGAGAGCCCAAGCUCUUCUGAUGAUCGAUCGGUUCCGCUGCAUGCUGCCUCCGAAGGGAGGGCGUAACGCCUCUGGUAAAUAGUGGUGAUGCUCGGCGCUAGGCCGAGGCCCGACCUAGAGGGUCUGGUGCGGCACCAGCGGCAGAGCAGACGCGGUGGUGAGUGUUUGCGGCCUUGUGGCGGGUUCUGAAGCAAGGAGGCGUUGGGACAAGGACGUGGAGGUUGUGAGGGACAAGCGUCCUUGAUGUCGGAGCGACCUGGCCGUAACGAGAGCCGGCGGCAGCGAUCACCCAGGUGGCGCUGGCCUCCGCAAGACGGGCUCCGGGACCGAUACUUUGUUUUUCGUUUGGAAUGUAGGGGUGGUUAUAGGCGCAGAAGAGAGGGUUGAAAGCAUGUUUGGUGUUCGGGGUAGAGGAUAGUUAAGUCUCCAGGUGGGACUCAUUUUUGUUCGAGAGUGUUGGCAACCCGCUGGGACAGUCUGCCCGAGAGGACCGGGAAGGGAGUGAGGAGGAGCGCCUACAGCGAUUGGUGCCCUCCGAGGGUAGGGCAAGGGGUAGGCGUUGAACCCCGUCAGCUCAGAGCGCAAGGUGGCCGCUGCCCAUCCCGUCCAUCGUUGGAGAAGACGAUGUCCAUCCGUUCACGCAACACACAAUAUCAAAUCAGUUAGACUAUCGAUUUUACAGGCAGUUCGUUUCACAAUCACACGUUUGGGUCCAGUUGCUGUUGCGGUUUAGAGCGGUUCUUGAUCGGUGUUCCCGGUUGUAACGUUGUCACCAUUAUUGUAUUUCGGUACGAUAUACCAAGUGUUGUUGCGGUUCGUGCGACUAUAUUCCGUCGCUCGAGGUUGUACUUGUUUUUGUUCCCCGUUUGGCGAUUUGUCGGAUAACCCCUGCUGAGCUCAUGCGAUUUUGUCACAUCCUUCGCUUCAAUGGGGGUACAGCGCGUGGCGCGAAUUCGGCACACGAUGUCGGGAAACACCUGCUGGAUCCUAUUUCUUUGGCUGCAUGCCGGUGGUUUUAAGUAGUUUUUGCGGGUAGAGGGCGGACGGGGUGUUUUGCCGUUUUGGUGCGAGAAUUAAGUGUAUGUGAUUGUGGGAUUCAGUCAAAAAUGUCGAACAGCGUCGCAAGUUUUUUUUCCUUAGUUGGACAGCGGGGGGAAUAUUUGGUCUGGGAAGUGCCCGCUGUUGUUGUCAUUUUCAUGUGAUGUGUGCUGCUCAAUGUGGUUGUGGGACGUGGGUUGGAAGGCCGGCCGGAAUGAAUUCCAUUUUCGAAUUUCACACACACACACGUACUCGAGUCGUUUUUCAUUUGCUCGCUAAC